AUGCGGGUCAGAAACUGUUCAUCACCUCCAGGUGAAUGUGAGAGUGUGAGAGUGGCGCCCUGCUGCUGCCUCUCACAGCCCUCUGAGAAGAAGGGAGGACCAGAACCUAAUAUCACUUUCAUCACUGAAGACUUCCCAUCUGAUCCGGUCCGUCCAGGAGACUCAGGGACUCUGCGGUGUUCAGUCCUCUCAGUCUCUGAGAGGAGAACGUGUCCAGGAGAACCGAGUGUGUUCUGGUUCAAAGCCGGAUCAGAUGAAUCUCAUCCCAGUUUAAUUUAUGCCCAAAGAAGCAACAGUGCUGCAUGUGAGAAGAGUCCUGAGGCUCACUCUCCACAGAAAUGUGUCUUCAGCUUCUCUAAGAACGUCUCCUCGUCUGAUGCCGGGACUCAUUACUGCGCUGUGGCCACAUGUGGACAGAUAUUAUUUGGAAAUGGACCAAAACUCAACAUUAAAGAAACCGGCUUGGGGUCCUUUCGUGACAAUACGUGUCUGCUCCUGACGUGUGCUGUCUUGGCUAUAAGUGUGAACGUCGCAGCCGUCCUCAUCUACGCCAUCAAGAACAACAAGUGUGAUUAUUGCAAUAAUGAAGCUGCUGUUUUCCUUCGAGAAAAUCUUGCAAAAAGGAAGUUAAAGAGAAAUGACGACGCGUGGAUGUAUUCUACUGUCGUCUUCAAUGUGAUGCAACCUGCCGGUGGUGGAAGGAGGGACGCCAAAGCAGCGGAGAGAGAGAGGAUCUAUGCCGCCGUCAAGGCUUUUGGGUUGGAGUAGCAUGUUGAGGUCAGAUGGCGAAAUGUGACAGCUGAUGAUCCUGCUUUAACGUGUUGGUCUUACGCUUACAUGAACAUUUAGUUGACGGUAAUAAGAAUAUAUGGUCGAAGGCCUGUCGUCCAUCUAUGAUCCCCUCACACUGAUACUUCACACCAACUUCCUGUCUUUGUCAUCUGGGUUAUUUCUAGUCCUUCCCCUUGUCGUCUUUACCGAGAUUAAACAUUUCUAAAAUUGGACUUCUACCAAAAGUGGUACAUUUAAUGCUAACUAUGAUGUGGGUGAAAUGUAAUGUGUGAUGUGGCCGUGUGAAGUCCCAACUGGAGGUCUUCAUUGUUGUCAUCCUCACUGUUGUGGUGCUCGUUAAUAAAAUGCAUGACAGGAAAUGCUACAGUCGUACAAGAAUUCAAAAAGUGAAAUCUGUGGAGUUGUCGUGCCGCUACUUUUGGCUACAAAAAGAGACCACGAAUAAGGAAGCAUUUAUAUUUUGUUUGUGUUCACGUAUAAUAAAUGUAUUAAAAGUGUAUGCAUUUUGA